GGACCCUUCAUAAGAGGGGUGCAUGGUGAAAAAGUUUAAAAACCACGUCUGUCAUUUGUUGUCUGAUGAUAAAAUCCUUAUACACAUCUAGCUUAUGCAACGAGGACGUCUAGUGGACAAAAGUUUCAUGUAUUAUUUGCAAAUUUAGAAAACUAAUUUUUAAAUGUUUGACGUAAUUUGCGUUUAGUCAUUUGGCGUCUAGCGGAAAAUCCAGCGUUGUGAAACAACUACAAAACACACUAUGGGAAUUUAAUUGGUCAGAGGACAGUGCUCUGAAAAGGAGGGACUGUAGUGUAACAUCUCAUUCAUAAAAUACACACAACGCUAGAGUAGAGAUCUGCUGUUAACUGAGGGAAAAUUAACGGUUUACUGGAACAAUGCACUCUGUAAGAAGUUUCUUCUGUGGUCAAUGGAGCUCUUCUGUAAGGCUUGAUGAUAAAACAGUAAUAAUCACAGGAGCUAAUACAGGUAUAGGAAAAGAGACAGCCAGAGACCUGGCUAAAAGAGGAGCUCGAGUCAUCAUGGCCUGUAGAGAUCUGGAGAAAGCAGAAGCGGCCAGAAAAGAAUUAAUGGAGGAUUCUGGAAACCAAAAUAUUGUGGUCAAUAAACUUGAUUUAUCAGAUACCAAAUCAAUCAGAGAAUUUGCAGAAGUCAUAAACAAAGAGGAAAAAAAAGUCAACAUCCUUAUCAACAAUGCUGGCAUCAUGAUGUGUCCAUAUUCAAAAACCACAGAUGGCUUUGAGAUGCAGUUUGGUGUCAACCAUUUGGGUCAUUUCCUUCUCACCUACCUUCUGCUCGACCUCAUAAAGAAGUCCGUCCCCGCGCGGAUCAUCAACGUGGCUUCUGUUGCCCAUACGUGGGGGAGCAUCCGCCUGGAUGACAUAAACAGUGAGAAAAGUUACUCUCCUCGGAGGGCAUACGGACAGAGCAAACUGGCAAACAUCCUCUGUACAAGAUCGUUGGCGAAAAGACUGCAGGGCACAGAUGUGACUGUAUACUCCCUCCAUCCUGGUGUGGUACAGUCAGAGCUGUUUAGAAAUCUCAGCAAGCCUGCACAGAUAGCUGUCAAGGUCUUCAGCCCCUUUGCUAAGACCACAGUUCAGGGGGCACAGACCACCAUCUACUGUGCUGUGGAGCCAGAGCUGGACAAAGAAAGUGGAGGAUAUUACAGUGACUGUGCCCCAGCAAGGUGUUCAAGAGACGCUAUGGAUGAUGAAAUGGCCCAGAAACUCUGGGAGAUCAGCUGUCAGAUGCUUGGCAUUAAAUGGGAGUGAAAGAGACAUCAGAGCUCCUCUCUUUUUAGUAAUAUAAUUAUGAGAACAGUGUAAAGAAAGCUUUUGUGCUAAUGCCAUAGAUAAUCCGAACUACAAGCAUUCAUAAACCGCAUGACUGAACAAGUGCUAUUUUUAUAUUGUAAAUCGAAAUUCUUUUUUAUUUUAAUGUCCUCUGCUAAUUUCAAUAAAACUAAUGAGCUGUUAUGAAUUAAAA